GAGCUCAAAAACGCAUUGCGGGACCUCGGCAAGGGAGACUUGAACAACAUUCCGGCAGCUUACCGCACGGAUGCAGUGAAGGGAGCCGCCUAUCGGGCGAUCCGAAAGAGCGAUCUCACCAUGCUCACGAACUGCAUCCAGGACCUGAAAGUCCGAGCAUCGACGAAGUUGAUGUGCGACGUCGCA